AUGUUGAUUAUAGAUAUCAAAUCUCUCUCGUUUGGAGCAUUAUCAAAAGCACAAAAGUCGUUAGAAGAAGAGCAAAGGAGAUAUGAUAGCGAAGAGGAUGAACAAGGAAACUCCGAUUCUGACUCGGAUGGUCCACCAGAAGAAUCAUCAGCUUCGUCCUCAGGCUCACAUAAGCGACGUAGCAAGCAUGCGCCAGCCGAAUCGUCAUUUAAAAAGCCGGUGUCAUGGAUUCGAGAAGUUCCUGGUUUGGUGAACAAGAAAACUAGUAGCAGUCUGUAUAGAGAUAUUCGAUUUGACCCCGCAUAUGGUAAAUCCGAUUUGCAAGAGACUAGAAAGAACUAUGCUUUUCUGAAUGAGUAUCGAGAGAAAGAGCUCCAGGAUAUGAAGAAGAUGGUUAAAACGACAAAAGACGAGAACGAGAAGUCGAAACUAAAAACAGCAAUUCAAGCAUUAGAAUCCCGACUGAAGACAUUCAAGGACCGGGACUUUGAACGAGAGGUCAUCGCCAAGCAUACGAAGGAAGCCCGUAAGAACAAUUACCAUCUAAAGAAGUCAGAGCUCAAGAAGCUUGUUCUCACCGAGAAGUUCAAGACCAUGAAGAAGAAAGAUGUCAACCAUGCUCUUGAGCGUCGUCGCAAGAAGAACACUGCCAAAGAACGCAAGCAAAUGCCUUUGCAACGUAGAGCGUAA